AACUGCGUGUAUUUUUGGUUUUCUAUUGUAGCAAAAGAAAUUAGAGAAGGAAACGAAACCAUGAUUUUUAAAUCCCUGCAUAAAGAAAUAACUGUGCCUCCCGGAAUCACCUAUUGGGACUGGCUCUUGUCGGAUAACGCGGCAUUUCCUGUUCCCAAUGACCCUAAUACCGGCUAUGUAGACGGCAUCACAGGUCAACGCAUCACCUUUCACCAGGUACGAGACUACAGCAUCAGUCUCGCCUCUGCGUUGGUCAACGAACACAAUCUUCGCCCGGGAGAUGUUGUCUCCAUCUGCUCUCCAAACACGAUAUGGUAUCCCCUCUGCACGCUUGCUGUUAUGAGGGCCGGUGGUAUUCCGGCCUUGUCGUCACCAGCGUAUACAGAAGACGAGUUUGUACACACCAUUGGCACCGUCAAGUCUCGCUUCAUAAUUGCCUCCUCUGAUGCUUUGCCAUUAAUCGGAAAAGCAGGCAAACGGUUGGGUAUCUCUGAUAGUCGCACAUUUUCCAUGGAAGAGGCCACUGGUGGAUUCAAGUCUAUACAGGAUAUGAUAAAGAAAUAUCAUGGCCCUACGACACCGUCUCAACCUCUGCCUGCGGGCAAGACAAACGGCCAGGUCCCUGGCGUGCUAUGUUUUAGCAGCGGAACUACCGGUCUUCCCAAAGCAGUCAUGGUUUCGCACCAAAAUCUCAUUGCGCAAUGUCUACAGGUUCUUGCUACCACUUACCCUGACCAUAAAAAAGUGCUAGCAGUGCUUCCAUUUUAUCACAUCACGGGAGUCGUGAAAUUGAUGACGUUCCCUCUUAUUCUCAACGCCGAGGUUGUCGUAUUGUCCAAGUUUACCAUGAAGGCAUUGCUCGAUGCAGUCGCCAGACAUAGAAUUCCCGAGCUACAGCUAGUUCCGCCACUACUCAUCAGGCUCGUCCGCGAUCCAUUAGUAGAAAAGUACGAUCUCUCCUUUGUAAAGCGAUUCGGUACAGGCGCCGCGCCAACCAGCGACGAGAUUCUUGCUCUAUUGGAAAAGAAGUUUCCCGGAAGUGGUAUUAAACAGGGAUAUGGCUUAACAGAAAGCACUGGGUGCAUCACACAGCAUCCACUGGGUGUCAACUCGUACGAGUUUGCUCACAGAGCCGGCACUCUGGUCGCCAGCACACAAGUCAAGAUUGUUAAAGAAGACGGCCAGCUCGCGGGAGUAGACGAGCAAGGCGAGAUUCUGGCCAAGGGGCCGCAAAUAUUCCCGGGCUACUACAACAAUCCCGAGGCUUCGGCCGCUGCCUUUGACGAAGACGGCUUCCUCCGAACGGGAGACCAGGGCUCUAUUGAUAGCAAUGGGUGGCUCACCAUUCAUGAUCGCAUCAAGGAGCUAAUCAAGGUCAAGGGCGUGCAGGUAGCGCCAGCCGAGUUGGAGGAUGCUGUCUUGGGCCAUCCCAAGGUGGAAGAUGCCGCUGUCGUUGGAAUUCCCGACGAUUACGCUGGGGAGCUUCCAUAUGCGUUUAUUGUACCGAAACCUGAGUACGCCCAGGAGACAGGUAUUGCGCAGGAAAUCGUAGCGUAUAUCAAGGAAAAGAAGAGCCGUACCAAGUGGUUAGGGGGCGCGGUAGUGGUUCCGGUGAUUCCCAAGAGCGCCAGUGGCAAGAUUCUGAGACGAGUUUUGAAAAAGGAGCAUCUGGAAGCAUUUAAGAAGCCGGUCGCCAAACUUUAAGAAACUAGAUACUAUUAGAUCUUCCAGAAACACAGUCAGGCAGUAAAGUUUGACCUAGGCG